UUGGACGUGUGUGUGCGCUCGGGUUUCCUCGCCAGUCCACGCCCCUGCUGCUGCUGCGCUGGUCCGCUCGACUCAUCAUGUUGUGGACGACGGUCGCGUGAAUCCUCGCAGAACGUCGCAUCGAGCCGUCAUCUAUAACCAACCAACCAGCCAUCAUGAUCCCUGUAAUGGAAUUCCGGCAGUUCUCGGAGCAGCAGCCCGCAUUCAGAGUCCUUAAGCCGUGGUGGGACGUCUUCACUGACUAUCUCUCUGUAAUCAUGCUCAUGAUUGGUGUUUUCGGGUGUACCCUUCAGGUGAUGCAGGACAAAAUCAUAUGCCUCCCUCACCAGACAUCCUCUGAAAAUACGUGUGAUUUGGAAGUCAAGUCACAGUCACAGAUGCAAAUAAAUAUUUCAGCCGUACCGAGAGAAAUGACCGGCCUGAAGACCGACUUGGACCUUCAGCAGUACAGCUUCAUAAAUCAGAUGUGCUACGAGAGAGCCCUCCAUUGGUACGCUAAGUACUUCCCCUAUUUGGUUCUCAUACACACAAUGGUUUUCAUGGUGUGCAGCAACUUUUGGUUCAAAUUUCCGGGUUCGAGUUCCAAAAUCGAGCAUUUCAUCUCAAUGCUCGGCAAGUGCUUUGACUCUCCCUGGACUACAAGAGCUUUAUCUGAGGUCUCAGGGGAGAACCCUGAAGAAAACGAACACAAAAAGAGUCUCUUGUCCCACAUCCCAGUGUCACCUGGAGACGGUGGUUUGGAGAAGACACAGUCACUUCGGUCUAUUCCAGAAAGGAUUGUCGCCGACAAACCGACUGCUAGUGUUCUGGAUAAAAAGGAAGGGGAACAAGCCAAAGCUCUUUUUGAGAAAGUGAAAAAGUUCCGUUUGCAUGUGGAGGAGGGCGAUAUUCUCUACAUCAUGUAUGUGCGGCAAACAGUUUUCAAGGUGUUCAAAUUCCUACUAAUCAUAGCGUACAAUAGCUCUCUAGUCAAUCAAGUUCGGAACAAAGUGUGCUGUGAGGUGGAGAUUCAGGACAUGACGGGCUAUCGAGAAUUUGUGUGCAACCACACCAUGGCUCACCUUUUCUCCAAGCUCUCCUACUGCUACUUGUGCCUUGUUGCUCUCUACGGUGUAACAAGCCUCUAUACUUCCUACUGGCUCUUCUAUCGGUCGCUGAAAGAGUACUCCUUCGAGUACGUUCGGCAGGAGACGGGCAUCAAUGACAUUCCUGACGUGAAGAACGACUUUGCCUUUAUGCUGCACAUGAUCGAUCAGUACGACCCUCUCUAUUCCAAGAGAUUUGCGGUUUUUCUGUCUGAGGUCAGCGAGAACAAAUUGAAGCAGCUCAACUUGAACCACGAGUGGACUGCUGACAAGCUGCGUCAGAGGCUGCAAGUCAACGGCCACAACAGGCUGGAGCUCCAGCUCUUCAUGCUCCCUGGUUUACCGGAUACCGUCUUCGAGCUGACAGAGCUUCAGUCGCUCAAACUGGAGAUCAUCAACAACGUGACCAUACCCGCUGCCAUCUCCCAGCUGGAAGACCUGCAGGAGCUGUCUCUUUGCCAAUGCUCUUUAAAGUUGCACACAACAGCUACGUCCUUCCUCAAAGAAAACCUCAAGGUGCUUCGGGUGAAGUUUGAUGACAGCCGUGAGUUCCCCACCUGGAUGUAUUGUUUGAGAAACUUGGAAGAACUUUAUCUCACAGGGUCCCUCUGCCCUGAUGCGUCCAAGAAUAUAAUUCUGGAGUCCUUGCGAGAGAUGAAGUGUUUGAAAACCCUCUCGCUGAAAAGUAACUUGACUAAAAUCCCGCAGUCUAUCGUGGACGUCUCCAGCCAUCUGCAGAGGCUCUACCUGAACAAUGAUGGGACCAAGCUUGUGAUGCUGAAUAAUCUGAAGAAGAUGACCAACCUGACGGAGCUGGAGAUAGUGCGCAGCGACCUGGAACGCAUUCCACACGCAAUAUUCAGCCUGACAAGUCUGCAAGAGCUAGACCUGAAGGAAAACAACAUCCGCUCAAUAGAGGAGAUCAUCAGUUUUCAGCAUCUAAGGAAGCUCACGUGUCUGAAACUAUGGCACAACAGUGUGAUGUACAUACCAGAGCAUAUCAAAAAGCUCAGUAGCCUUGAGAGGCUUUACUUUAGCCACAACAAGAUUGAGAUUCUCCCCUCACACUUGUUCCUGUGUAACAAGCUGCGAUAUCUGGACCUGUCUUACAACGACAUCCGAUUCAUUCCUCCUGAAAUUGGAGUCCUUCAGAGUCUGCAGUAUUUUUCAGUCAACUGUAACAAAAUUGAAAAUCUGCCAGAUGAGCUUUUCUUUUGUAAAAAACUAAAAACACUGAAACUGGGCAAAAACUCUCUGUCCAUACUCUCACCAAAGAUUUCUUAUCUCAGUCAGCUGACGCACUUGGAGCUCAAAGGGAACCACUUUGAGGUCCUGCCACGUGAGUUGGGUUUCUGCGGCGCUCUGAAGCGCAGCGCUCUGAUGGUUGAAGAUGCGCUGUUUGAGACGCUGCCCUCAGACGUCAGGGAGCAGAUGAAGGCAGAGUAGCAGGUAUAUUCCACUCUACGCCAGGGGUGACAAAGUCACUCACAUAAUGGGUGGUCGUUUUAAAAUGAGUCCAAGUCACGGGCUGAACAACACAGAUGUUAUUGAAGAAGCUUUCACAGGGAAUAAGAGUUCAAAGAGAAUGCGAUGUCAAUCUCUGAAUGCCUAGAGGCUAACUUUGUAUAAAGCUCAGAUACAAAUUGUGUCUUCAUUUGCCACCAACUCCACCUUGUAACUCACAGUUUUUUCACCUUGAAGCACAAACGUCUUGAUUAAAAAAAAAAACAAAACAGAAAAAUCUCACCCAUCAUGGUAUUGUGGGAUAUGAGGUCAACAUUGAUGGUGCAUUUUUUAAGAACUUUAGUCUCAGAGAAUUUCAUUUUAAGCCAUUUACAUGGUCAGAAUAUUUCUUUUAAUGGUAAUGUUUGUGAUCUGUAGCUUUGAGUGCCAAAAAUUAAGAAUGUAUCUUUGCCAAGUGCACUUCAGGAUAUGAAGACUGUAAACUAUUUCAGCCUUAAGUCAGGUUUCUGGUGUCUUUGAACAGAUACUAACAUGAUUAUGCUGAAACUACUGCAUGAUUUCUCAACAUUUCUUCACUUGAAGUAGAUUUGCCAUGUCAAUAUAGGAAUCAACUAUUAAAUUCAUCACAUUCAUGAGUCAACUCGUCAUAGCGUCAUGGCUCUCUCUGUAGUAAGCUGAGGCUACAAGACCAUCGUGACCUAAAAUGUCAAACGUGUGGGACCAUUUCGCAAAGGACACAUGUUAAAGAAGACAUACAGUUCGUUUCAAAUUUUGAGCUAUUAUAUGGUAUGGUUUAAAAUUCAAAUAUGAAGUUUCAAAACAACAUUCAACACUACAUUACACAUUAACAUGCACUUUCUUGCCAUUUAAUAACUAUUUUAAUAACCAUUCUAGUAACUGUUUUUAUUUAAUACUACAAUCUGCGAACCACAUGUUGGCUUGUUCAUCAACUUGUGCAUAUGUCAUAUGCCGUCUAGUCAACUAAUCAUGAAGAUAGUCUAUCAAAAAAGUUGUUGGCUGCUAACAUGAAGUCAGUCCUGCUGCUAUUGUGCGUAUUUAAAUAUGGUCAGCUUUAAUAACCUUUAUGAACAGGAGAGAUGCAGAGACAUAUGGGAGACAUAAUGGGUUGGGUACUUAUUUAGGGAGCAUUUAUUAUCAUAAAUAAACUGUAUAUUCUUAUGUGAAUUUGUAGUGUAAAGUAUGUCUUGUUAAGCCAAUGACCAGGGAAUUCAAUCCAAAAAAACACCAAAAUUAGUGACCAAGUUGUGUUUUAAUUUUGCUUCGUAGAAGUCAUGCUGCUGAAGAAUCAAUUUGAGGAUAAGUAUUUAAUAUCUAAAAAUAGUUGCAUAAAAAAACAGCACUCCUCUGUUCACAUCUGGGUUAACAGGAUAGACUCGUCCAGACAAAGAGGUGUAAUCUUCACAUGUCUAAGCAAUGAGGCGAGGUUGACGGAUGUCAAACUGCUAACCAGAGCUUUUAAUGUAGCUCAUCUGUGUUAAAGAGGACAGUGAACAUAUGUAUGUGCUGUUGAACUGUUUUGAUGUCAUAAAGUUUUGGUUUUUUUAAAUUUCUGCUGUAUUCUCUGCUUCAGAGAUGUCAUGUCAAAAACUAGGUAUAUGUCAAUUAUAAACAGACCAGGCCAUGUAGUGCGUAUAUUAUGUAGUACUGAAUAAUGGUAUUUUGAAGUAGUCUAGAUACUUGGUAGAAUUCCUGAAGCAUGUUGCUUCAUUCUCCUGUAGAAUCCUCUGGGAAUAACAGUUUACUGGGAUCUACACCCUUAAAAAUUAAGAGUGUAUUUCCAGCCUUACGACACUGAUCUGUGCGAUCUGUCGCAGUCUGUGGUGUCAUAUACUUGCCUCGUCUUUCUGUAAUAUUCUGUUUUGCUGUAAUGCUUUAUGGCUUCAUAUCUUUUGUCGUAGAGAAUUUCCUCAGUUUUUUUUUUUUUUUAAGCAAUAAAAUACACGAUAUCGCUGUUCUGCACUGAGGUUUAACCAAAAAUAGUAUUGCCUCGCACUUUGUUUUGCACUUUUGUUGUACUUGUUAUUGCUUCAAGGAAAUAUAGCCAUUGGAUGUGUGGAGUGCGUCAAUAAGUCUGCAAAAUCAUGUAAACAAACACCCUCCAGCUCCUCUAUAAAGGUCAUCUAUUCAGGGUGGAACCCACAAAUCCUGUUAAUGUACAUGGCUUCAUGUGCUGAACUGUUCCUGACAAUACGCAGAUACAUAUUCAUGCUAGAAUAAGGCUCAGUACUGGGACACUUAAUAAAGGAGGCGCAGGUGUCCACGCACAACUUCCAACAUGAGCUUUACAGGCUUCUCCUUUUAGCUCAGUUAGUUACUUGUAUGACACUGGCGCUCGUGUUUAAACUGAAAAGGGGCAUUGAAACGUAACCAGCGAGUGUUUUAGCCUGAAUGUAUGUAAGAAGGAAGGACCUCUGAAUCUGUAAACCUCAGGCAAUAUACACAAAUUGGUUUUCUAUUGGAUCCUCUGUUGCACUUGCAGAUUUUAUAAAUGAGUUUAUCAUUUUAAAGAAGCAUGUGAUUGAUAUUGUAAUUCAAGGUUU